CUUUAAUUUCACUCCAAAACACCUCUGGUUAGUUAAAUCUAAUUUUUUACUUAUAAAGCAUGAUCUCACCCUUUAUCAACGUGUGAUUUGCCUAAGAUGUUGGGCAAACUUUAUAGGCCGAACCUUUGGAUGUGUAUGGACUAUGGAGUUCAAAAAACUCUUUGACAUACACAUCACAACAAUAAAAAAUCAAGAAUCAACUACCGAAGUUUCGGCAGACAAGGGUGAGGAGGCUCUACCCAGUUUCUCAGCUUUGAAUCGCCUCUGCUCAGCAACCAUUGAACUGAAAACCUCCAACAGCCCAUCCAAUCGCUCUUCAGGCUCCUCCCCUGCCGCUUUCAGUGCAUAAACGAUGCUCUCAAUGGUCGACAGACACCCAGCCUUAGGCUGUCGCCUGACAUCAGAAAACAAGCUCGACUUCCCCAAAUCCAACUUCAGAUGCGGCAGAAGCUUCAGCCAUGGGUUCUCUUUGUACACUUUCUUGGCCUUGGACCAUGUCCCAUCCAAAACAAUCAGAUUCUUCACUUCAAAAUUGUUCAUCCCACCUCUCAGCUCAUCCACGCUCACCACCGAUUCAUCACUCGGAUACAGAAGCACCGACCCUGCAGGAACCUUCAGUUCGAACUCUAGGUACUCUUCCACAUUCCCCUCGCUGCCACAGAGCUUCUUCCGCUUGUUAAACUUCCUAACCAUAAACCCUUCUCUCAUUGCAACUUCAGCGGCUGGUGAAGCCACAAUCUCAUGGAAGCUCGUUACUUUCUCCCCCAUCCAUUGACAAUCCAUGAACUUCCCGCCCUUCCCAAUACUCAUAGACAUGGAAGAACUCGACCCAUUGAAAUCGAAACCCUCGACUACUUUCCGGUGCCUCCCCGAUACUACCCAAUCAAGAUCCGAGCUUCCCCUGUUCUCGACCGGCUCCAGACCCGAGCCCGGGAUCGAGAUGACGAACCGGGCGUCGAAUUGGACGUCGUAAACAGUGAGCACAUCGACAUUUUUAAGUCCUAUCUUGGCGAUUCUUGCGGAAUUAAUAGGGUGCUUCGUCUCUAAGCUGUGCUGGAGAAUGGUGACGCUCACCUUGUUCUCGAAGCUCGGGUACCGCAGCUUGGCGCAGAGGCAGAGGAGGAUGGGCCGGGUGCAGGAAGGGCAAGUGGGUCGCUUCGAAUUGGACGAUCCGGUCACCGCCAUUUUUAGGGUUUCCGGAGGACGGCGCCACCAGCUGUGCGAAUGGAAUGCAGGACGAAGAGGAGAGCAGCGGAGAAUCGUGACGUGGUGUGGAGCCCAUGGCGGGUUUCGGGUCGGUAUCCGGAUCCGUAUAAGAACCCGCUCGGCCAUCGGUUUGAUUUCCCGAGUGUUUGGGAAUUAAUCGGCCUAUAUAGCCUCAGAGCUACUUCAAAGAAAACGGCGGCGUUUGGGUGGUCAGAUUUAUCACUGAGGGUACUUUUGGAAAUUCGUAAGGCGAGAAGAAGCGGAGCAGUUGACCUGAAAGGAAUUCCCACGCGCCACCACCGUGGCAGUUAAUAACAGCUCGCUUCUUCUUUUGUUGACAUUUCCACAAUUUGAAGUUGAACAGAGCGAAAAAGAGAAGAAAAGUGGCGAUUUCUUCUUCUUCCUCCUUGAUCUGAAUGCGAGGUUAGACUUUGAAUUUUGAGGCGUCUGAACGAGAAGGAGAAGGAGCGAGAGGAGAAAGGGAUAAUAAGAAAGGAGGAAAAUGCUCGAUUUCUGCUUCACGAUCCCGUACGGGCUGAUUCUAGUGGCAGGGGGAGUGAUGGGGUAUCUGAAGAAAGGGAGCUUGGCGUCGUUGGGCGGCGGCGCGGGGACUGGUUUUCUACUUAUCUUAGCUGGGUAUUUGAGUUUGAAAGCUUUCGAGAAGAGAAAGAACAAUUACUUCGCUUUAGCCAUUGAAACAGUAUGUGCUGCUGCUCUGACAUUUAUCAUGGGGCAACGUUACUUGCAAACCUCAAAGAUCAUGCCUGCUGGUCUCCUUGCUGGUAUCAGUGGUCUCAUGACUGCAUUUUAUCUAUACAAAGUUGCAACAGGUGGCAACCACAUUCCGAGCAAGGCCGAGUAAUGGCACAGUGUGACAUGCUACAACACUAACCUCAAAAUACAUACCGAGAUUUAUGAAUUUGGCGAUAGCUCUGUAUUGAAAACACCCUGAAUUUCGUCUGACACAUCUGUAGCAGUAUUAUUCUACAUUAUCUUUUUAUAACCACUUUGAAAC